AUGAAGCUGCUGCCUCUGCUGCUGUUGCUAAUUCAGUCUUGGGCCCUAGUGGCCAGAGCCACUCCUGCCCGACACUGGCGUCGUGCUCCCACCCAUGGCGUCUUCAAUGUGGAUGUGUAUGCAUAUAACAAGCCCAGGAUGAACCUAGCAGGUCGCCUGGCAAUAGAGAAGCGAUCGAGUGAGGAUGCUCCUCCCAUGGGUCACCUGCUGCAGCAGAUCUCCCAGCACAGCCGGCGAUCCACGGAGCAGAGGUCACACUACAGAAGGCUCGACCAGGAGGAUGAGGUCCUGCCAAUGGCAGGCAAGCCGAACCAAACAAUUGAGGACCCGGCCGUAAACAUGCAAUUAAUGCUGCUGCAAAUGAACUCGGAUAUGCAGGCACGGGAGAAUUUAUACUCGAACGAGUUCCAUGUGCAGAGCAUCGGGGCCAAGAAGAUAGUGCAAUUGAAUACCCUGACCACCGACCAUGAACGUAAACCAGUCGCCGAAGAAGUUAUGGCCCCGGUGGAGCAAAAGGAGCAGCACGAGCCGCAGGAGGGGCCGCAGGAAGAGCCGCUGAAGGUAAAGCUGACACUGCCAGAGCUGCCCGAGAACAAUGACGGAGAAACAGAAGCCGUGCCUGGACAGGAUAAAACCGGAAAAGACGACGAAGCCUUGGCCUCAAACGCCCCGGUGACAGCUGCCGCGGGGGAUGCAGGGGCAUCCCUGACAAGUGUGAAGAAAACUAUGGCCCCGAGUGGGACAAUUAUCGAUAUGGCAUCGACAGGAAUGCAGCAGCAGCUUGUCAGCCGGCCGACAGCGGAGAAUGCCGGUGACACGGGCACAAAGACUCACACCCCCAAGAAAAAGAAGGAGGAAACCAGAGUCCGACCGCCUCGGCCGAAGACCAGGCGAAAGCAAACUCCAACAGGAUCAAAAGCGUCUAAUGAAACUGAUACAAAGAUGACAGCGAACCGAGUGGUGACCACCCCAGGACUGAACCCCAUCCUGGGACCAAGUCCUGCUCCACUGAGUGCGAGGCAGCCGGCGAAGGAAUUGGAAACACAAUCACCGGAAAUCAGCACGCAUCGUCCUUUAACAACGACAAGCAGGAGCAAAGUCAAAGGCAAAGGCAAGGGUAAGGGCAAGGAUAAGCGUCGCCAGGGCUCCCAGAGACGUCCUGCCAGCGCGGCAGUAAUGGAGGCGGAAAUUGAAACUACGACAAAUUGGUGGCAGAUUCUCCCGUAUGCGGAAAUUAGAAAAUUUUUGAAUACGAUUUACGAUACCAUCGCCGACGAUGUCGACGACGAACGUGCCGCGGAUGAUGUGUGA